AUGAGCUCACAAAAUGAUGAAGACAUAAGUCUACAUCAUCAAUCUGAACUACAAAAUAAUUCAAAAUUUAAUCAAUCACAUGUAUCUGAUAAUAAUAAUUUAAAAGAAACAGAUAAUUCAAAUAUCAAUUCAAAACUAGAACAAUUAAACUUACAACCACCUGAAAAUAAUACAAUAUCGUCCAAUAAUGGUUCUUCUUUAAGUUUAGGAUCUCCUAUGCAAGAAAAAAAAUCACAAUUUACAUCUAAUAAUCAAAACGAAUCUUAUGAACAAAAUGGACAUCAUGACGAUUCCAUAGCUUCACAUUCAAGUUUGAAAACAAAAGAUUCAGAAUCAAAACAAAGAAUAGAGGAAGAAUCAAUACCAAAAGAAGAUAGUAUAAAUGAAAUAAAUCAAGGUAUGCCACCUCGAAUGCCAGGUACUUUUAAUGUUAAUGCAUUAAAAACUGGAGAUGAUGAAAAUGAAGAAGAACAAUAUAAUCAAUUAAGACAAACUAUAAAUAAAAAUGAAAGUAAAGAUUCUUUUAGUCCUGGAACUUUUGAAAGUCCUGCUCAAAACUCAACAAAUGAUCAAAUAUUAAGUAAUAAUUCACCACCUGUUAUAUUAGAGGAAGUUAAUGAUGAGAAAACUCAUGAUAAUACCAUAAUUCUGAAUGAAUCAAGUUCCAAAAUUUAUGAACAACUGGAGAAUAGCCCUCAUGAUCAUGAUCAAAAUGAGAGUGCUAACACUACUACUCAUGAAUCAUCAGCUAUACUGUCAUCUUCAAAUAUCAAUAAUAUACAAGAUGAACCUCAAUCACGUCAGCUGACAACUUCAAGUAAUAUUUUCAAUCAAAAUCAUCAAAUACCUUCAAAUCCAAAUUCAACUAGAUUUUCAAAUAUUUCAAAUUUUAAAUCCACUUUAGAUCCAGGAAAACCAGAGAAUAAUAUCUUAACUCAAUCACCAGUUGAUAUAAAUAAUUAUUUAACAAAUAAUGAUAUUAAUGAAGAUGAUUCCUCUUCACUUAAUUCAAAUUCUAAAAAUCCUUUGAAAAAUGAUUUAUUACAAAAAAUUCCUACAAUUGAUGAUGAAAAUAUUGAUGAAAACUCAUCACCAGUGCAAACACUAUCUAAACCUAAAGUUGAAACUAAAUCAAAUUCAACUGAAACCCCGAAACAACAAUAUUAUCAAACUCCAUCUGUAGGUCCAGAAGAAGAAGAGCAGCGACCAGCAUCUAGUAGAAAUGUUUCCUCAACAUCAACAGUAGUUAGAACUCCUAAAACUAUAAAUCCAAAUCAGACAAAUACUACUUCAGCUCAUAAUCAAACAGCGGCUGUAACACCACUUCAACAAUCUUCACAAAAAUUUUAUCUGAAUAAUACUCCAUCUUCAUCUUCCAUCAACAAUCAUACUCAAAGUACAAUAAGUACAUCAUCACCAAGAGAUAAUUUAUCAAUUGGAUUAAAUCAAUCUAAUAAUUCUCCAAAGAAUGGUAAGAAGAGGAAAAGUGGGUACAAAGUAAGAGAAGUUUUCCUGUCAAUGUUUAGUAGUAAACAUAAACAACAACCAAUGGGAUCUCAAUCACCUGAGUUGAAUAUGAAAAUAAGUACACCUUUUAAUGCUAAACAUGUAGCUCAUGUUGGAGUAGAUGAUAAUGGUUCAUAUACUGGUUUACCAGUUGAAUGGGAAAGAUUAUUAGCAGCAAGUGGUAUAUCAAAAAGAGAACAACAACAACACCCUCAAGCUGUUAUGGAUAUAGUUGCAUUUUAUCAAGAUACUAAUGAAAAUCCAGAUGAUCAUGCAUUUAAAAAAUUUCAAUUUGAUAAUCAUAAUAAAAGUAAUUCAAGUUGGUUAGGAAGUGAUACUCCUCCUGCUACACCUGGUGGCGGUUCAUCGUCAUCACAACAAACACCUCCAACUUCAUAUUUUGAAAAACAACAAUUGAAUGGUCCACCAUUAAAAGCUCCUCCUCCACCUCCAUCUCCGCAACAACAACAACAACAACAACAACAAACAAACGAAUCAAACAAUCAUAUUCAACAAGUUCCUAAAACACCAGGAGGAACACAGGAACAUCAAUUUAUCCCAAGCAGACCUGCUCCAAAACCACCUUCAACUCCAGCAUCAUCUACUAGUGUAAACAGAACACCUUCUUCUCAAAAAAGUAAUCAAAGACAACUUGAUAAUACAAGUGAAAAAUCACCAAAUAAAUUCAAAACUCGUUCAUUAUCAUCAAAAUCAAUUAAAUCAAUGAGAUUUGGCAAAAACAAUAAUAAUGAUGGUUCAUUUACAAAUAUAGCUCCACCUCCACCACCUCCUCCAAUUUCUUCAAAUAUACCUAAAUCAAAAUCUCAUUCAGCUUCAUUAUCUAACAAAAUUAAACCUGAUGUUUCUGGUUCAACAACUGCUCCGAUUGCAUCAUCAGCUAAAUUUGAAAAUAACCAAAACAACAACAAUAACAAUGUAUUACCAAAACAAAGAUUCGAAAAAGAUUUUACAACUCAUAGAGCUCCUCCACCUCCACCUGUUCCUCAACAUCAAGAUUUAAAUUCAAAAACUAAUUCUCAAAAUGCAUUAGCUGAUGUGACUACAUCUUCAAAUGUUCAAGAAGUUCAACAUAAUAAAUAUCAAGAAGCUCAACAAAGAUUAAGAGAACAAAAAGCAAAAGAAUUGGAAAAAAUUCAAAGACAACAACAAGCUAAAAAAUUAGAACAACAACAAUUAAAAGAGCAAAACGAACAACAACAACAACAGAGCCAACAACCUCCAGUUCCAAUCCCAUCUAAUAAAAAAUUAUCAUCAUCAUCAAAUGGACCGGUAAGAGAUGCAAAACAAGCAGCAUUAAUAGCUCAAAAAAAGAGAGAAGAAAAGAAAAGAAAAAAUCAACAAAUUAUUGCAAAAUUACAAAGUAUAUGUACAAAGGGAGAUCCAAAUGAAUUAUAUGUUGAUUUAAUUAAAAUUGGACAAGGAGCAUCAGGUGGAGUAUUUAUAGCUCAUGAAACUUCAAAUUUACAAAGAACUGUUGCAAUAAAACAAAUGAAUCUUGAACAACAACCUAAAAAGGAAUUAAUUAUUAAUGAAAUUUUAGUAAUGAAAGGUUCAAAACAUCCAAAUAUUGUAAAUUUCAUUGAUUCAUAUUUAUUAAAAGGAGAUUUAUGGGUUAUAAUGGAAUAUAUGGAAGGUGGAUCAUUAACUGAAAUUGUAACUCAUAGUGUUAUGACAGAGGGACAAAUUGGUGCAGUAUGUAGAGAAACUUUAAAAGGUUUAAAAUUUUUACAUUCAAAAGGUGUAAUACAUAGAGAUAUAAAAUCAGAUAAUAUUUUAUUAGAUAUUAAUGGAAAUAUUAAAAUGACAGAUUUUGGAUUUUGUGCACAAAUUAAUGAUAUUCAUUUAAAAAGAACAACAAUGGUUGGUACUCCUUAUUGGAUGGCUCCAGAAGUUGUUUCCCGUAAAGAAUAUGGUCCAAAAGUUGAUAUUUGGUCAUUAGGUAUAAUGAUGAUUGAAAUGAUUGAAGGUGAACCACCAUAUUUAAAUGAAACCCCACUUAGAGCUUUAUAUCUUAUUGCAACUAAUGGUACUCCUUCCUUAAAGGAACCUGAAGCUUUAAGUUAUGAUAUUAGAAAAUUUUUAAGUUGGUGUUUACAAGUUGAUUUUAAUAGAAGAGCUAAUGCUGAUGAAUUAUUACAUGAUAAAUUUAUUUUAGAAAGUGAUGAUGUUGAAAGUUUAAGUCCUUUGGUUAAAUUAAUAAAUGUACAAAAAGAAAGUUCAUAA